AUGACUGCAACGCACGGAGGCGGCUGUGAGGACGACCGCCCGGAUAAGGAAUCCGUAUACACGAUUAAAACAGGAUUCAAAAACGAUGCUUACCAGCAUGACCGGGACUCAAACGACGACAUCGUCAAACCGCCACCGCUGCCCACCGAGGAUGACUCAUACGCCUCCGGGAAGGUGAAACUCUCAAGGAAUGAGAAAUGGAGGAUAUUGAAGAACGUCGCAGCAGUGAGCGCCGCUUUCAUGGUGCAGUUCACCGCCUUCCAGGGCACGGCGAACCUACAAUCGUCUAUCAACGCCGCCGACGGCCUGGGAACGGUGUCGCUGAGCUCGAUUUACGCAGCUCUCGUAGUAUCCUGCAUAUUUGUUCCCACUUUCCUAAUCAAGAGGCUAACGGUCAAGUGGACCCUCUGCUUAUCCAUGCUAUGCUAUGCGCCUUACAUCGGGGCGCAGUUCUAUCCAGCAUUCUACACGCUGGUGCCCGCGGGUGUGGUGGUAGGCUUAGGAGCGGCCCCUAUGUGGACCUCCAAGGCCACGUACCUUACGCAAGCUGGUAGCGUUUAUGCCAAAUUAACGGACCAAGCAGUGGACGGUAUAAUCGUCCGAUUCUUCGGAUUCUUUUUCCUGGCUUGGCAAACCGCCGAGCUAUGGGGCAACCUUAUUUCCAGUCUCGUGUUCUCUUCCGGAGUGCACAGUGGCAGUGGAUCUAAGGACAACACCAGCAGCACUGUGCUUUCGUGCGGUGCCAAUUUCUGCAUGAUAGGUGGUGGCCACCACGACAAUAGGAACCUCCACCGGCCGCCGGACAGCGAGAUAUAUGAAAUCAGUGCCAUAUAUCUUGCAUGCGUUGCCGUAGCCGUUCUGAUGGUCGCUUUCCUGGUCGAUCCUCUGUCGAGGUACGGCGAAAAGCAGAGGAAGGCUGAUCCGUCCAAAGAGCUGACAGGAAUACAACUCUUGUCGGCCACCGCAUACCAACUGAAGAAACCGAAUCAACAACUACUUAUUCCAAUAACUUUAUGGAUAGGAAUGGAACAAGCGUUCAUCGGUGCUGAUUACACGCAGGCUUACGUUUCCUGUGCCCUCGGAAUCCGCUCCAUCGGCUACGUGAUGAUCUGCUUUGGUGUCGUCAACGCACUCUGCUCUCUCCUUUUCGGGUCCGCUAUGAAGUACAUAGGAAGGUUUCCAAUACUUGUGAUGGGCGCCGCUUUGCACCUCGGCUUAGUCGUUUGGCUUCUAAUAUGGAUGCCCAACCCAGAAUCACCUACGGUGUUCUUUGUCAUUUCGGGGCUGUGGGGAGUUGGCGACGCGGUUUGGCAAACCCAAAUAAACGCAUAUCAGAUAAGCCCCGAGGGAACUCCUAGACCCCUUACGUCUGACCACCCGACUUUGGCCUCAUUCGAAUCAGAAUCCGAGUCUCCUUCCACAUACUCAACCACCUACUCCUCCACCCCCCACCCCCCACCCCCUUACCCACCUCCCAAAUUGAACAAAUCUUCCCAAACGUCCCCACUUGAAACUCUCCCUUCUCCCCCCCCCGAGUCUGGACUCUUUAUAACCAGGAAAAGGUUGACGCCGCCACCCCAAAGCGUUUAUCCAUCAGCUCCGGACGAUACCGCCAACCCUGCAUCAAUGACAGCAAAAUCCUUCCCAGAAAUCACUGCCCCAUGGUCGAAUAACUCUGCAAGGAGCAACAUCUCCGCUCACUCGACACAACCGGAUCCAACCAACUCAGCGUAUGAGAUAGUCGCGAGCUGGAGACAGGAGGACAUUCCUCCGAGAUCCAUUGUGUCAGACGAUGACUCAUCCUUUCCGGGGUCGCCGGUAUCUGAAGUAGGUAGACCAAGCCUACUUAUAAAUUCUGGCAAGCGACUGGGGGUAGAGAUGGAUAUGGCGACCAGAGAGGCCAAUGAAAUGCUGCUGCGAGGUAAGGAGGCCCUGGAAUCCGCAGGGAAAAUGAAGAGGGAGUGCAAGCAGACCACAUUAGACUGUCUGCAUUCCCUCUAUGAAAUGGUCCUGGCACUCUCAGAUUCUAGGUCACGUCACAAACAAAACCUAGAGAGGGAGCGCUCUCGAAACGCUCAGGAACUAGUGCGCGUAGAGCGAGCCCACAACAAACUGGUGGCGGGGCUUAUUAAAGAUCUGGCCUCGGAAGUCGCCCAUGCCAGGACAGACAUCAAAACUAAUCUGCAGGAGACCAAGGAUGUAAGGAGUUGGCUGGAAUAUGAAACGAGGGUACCCUUUCCAAAGGCCACAGAAGCACAAAAGGCGCUGCAGGACGCAGAAAAAAGGCUUGAGGAAAUCCAUAGGACCCUAGCUCAGUCGAAAAAGGAAGGUAAAACCACACUAGAGUCAAAAGAUAUCACCGACAUAAGAUCUUCGAAGAAAACGCUGGCCAAUCAAAUAGACGACAUGCGAAGAAAUCUCAAUAACAUCUUUGAGACAAACCACAAAAGUCUGCAGCGCCUGGAAACGAUAACGACCCAACCCACCCAAGAUGGUGAUCAAAUAAACAGGGUGGAGAAACAGCUCUCGGAAGUUAGUGACACUCUUAAACAAAUAUCAACUCAAAAUAAAUCUGACACAAAUCACAACCUACAGGAACACCUGCAGCCCCUAACAGAGCACCUGGAGGCAUUGCACUCGGAGCUAAAGACUAUGCGA